AAUGGCAAAUAAUAAGGAAUCAUUAAAUAAUAAUUUGGAUCGUAGUUUCGUGAACGGAACUGUAUCUAAUAAUACUCCGCUUCUAGAUGAAAUCUUUGAGCUAAGAAAUAUCAUUGACAUUUGGAAAACAAGAUUUAUGGGUUUGGAAGAUGUGGCAAUUGAAAUGAGAAAUAAAAUUGAUGAAUUAUACGCCGAGUUGGAUGAAACAAGAUUGAUGCUGAUAGAUAAAGAUACUGAACUUGGAGAGAGUCAAAGGCAUAAAUGUUAUUUAAAGAUGAAUUUGAUUAAUGUAUUGGAUAUGCUUCGCAAUGCAUAUUCAGCAUCACUCCAAAAGCAGAAUUCUCUUCCUUCAGUAUACAUAAAUGGCUUAUAUGAGUAUAGAAAUGGCACAUGGUUUCGUUUAAUACCUAGAAGUUUUUCAGAAGCUUCGCUUACCGAUUCUAAUUAUUCUAAUGACUCUACCGAUCAAGAUUUUGAUGAUACCGACGAUGAAGAGAGCGAAGAUGGUGAAGAUAGUGAUGUUAUCGAAGAUAGUGCUGCUACUGAAGAUGAUAGUGAAACCGAUGAUGAUAGCGAAGAUGAUGAUUCAGAUAACAAAGACAAAAUUAUUGCAGUUCGAAAGAAGGAACCCACUUCAAAGUGUUCAAAUUCGAAUCAAGGAAGUUUUAAUAAUACACUUCCCCAGAAGAUAGCUGUUAAAACACAAGCUUCAGAUGUAGUUAAUGAUUAUGAUAAUAUUGAAAACUGCUCAAAAGAAAAUCAUAAAUUUGGAAAUGUAUUGGUAUCUCCUGGAAUAAAACAUCAAUUGGAAUCUUCUGAAGAAAAAGAGACUUAUCGCUUGCCAUCAAAUUCGGCUAGCCCAUUUACUAGAAAGAGAGCUAACCAGGGCGAAAACCAAACCAGCGUCUCUAGCGAUCAAAAGAAAAGACGAAGAUCAACUUCCGAAGUAGGACCUCCUCAGAGAAAAGCUAAUCAUAAAGAUCAGAGAGAAUUCGUUGAAAUGUUUAGCUUGCUUAUUUCUCUUCUAAUCAUUAAUCCUAUUAAAGGAAAUGAUGACAAUUGUAAUAUAUUAAAUCCAGUCUACUAUGGUAAUUCUGACAUUGAUCAAAAUAAUUGUACCACCUACAUUGGUUGUUGGGAUACCGUUAAAAAUAGCUGCUAUUAUGGAAAAGAUUACGUUUCCGGAUUCGUUCGUGCCAGGGGAUAUUAUAAACAAUCUGAACCUAGCACAAAUACAGUCUACUUUGAAAGUUCCCCUUCAACUAUUGAACAGUGUAAAUCAAAGUGUUUUGAAUAUUGGCUAUGUAACUGCUUUACAUAUUCUAAAAUACACAAGCUAUGUAAGGUUUUUAAAGACAAUUGUCUUACCGUUGAAACUCAACAUACUGACUAUAGAACGUAUAAUAGAGUGGCGUUUGCUAAUUAUACAUGCUAUCAUUCUCAUUGUGAAUCUAGUGGAUCGGAUUUAAAAUUGAACAUGGAUAUGCGCGAAUGCGUUAGGCAGGCGGACGCAGAUACUACUAGAGAGUACGGAGAAUUCAGUAUGGCAGUAAAACAAGAACUGAGUGAAGCUUGCACUGUAAGAGAUGGAUUAUGUAGUGUUUACGAUCCAAUAAAUAAAAUUUUGCCCUAUAAGUAUGUUUGUAUGAAAGGAGCAAUUACAAACUCUAUUUAUAAUCCUAAGAAUCCGAUUCUACAACAAUUUACUUGGGACUUAAGUAGCUGUUUCAAUAUUUCGUUAGAAAAGCCCUUUAGUAUAAGACAUGCAUGGCCAACUGUGGGAACAGCUCAACAGACUUUUGAUGUAAAAAUUAUUGGUAAAAAUUUACAAUGUUGUCUGCGUAACAAGAAUAUAGAAGAAUCUUCAGGCGUUAUAGGUCUAGUAUUGGCAGAAUUCCAAUCAGAUCCAACUUUUAAUACAGUUUAUAAAACUUGCACCUAUAUUAAUGGCGAUGAUCAGAAUUUUUGUUCUUAUAGAUGUUCUUGCGACGAAGGCUAUUGUGAAGCUGUCUAUAUAAAAGCAUUUGCCAAAGAUGAUGAAAAUAUGUCUAUAUGUAAUUAUGAAAUACUCUAA